UGAAUACUCGUUUAGCCAUUCAGAAGAAAAUACUUUGUUUGACUUUUGAUUAGAGUUAUUGCAAAAAUUUUCGAAAUAAGAAAAGGGUGCUUAUACAGUUUUUGUGUGAAUUUGCUGUGGAAACAUUCUGACCCAAAUGGGCUGUGCAAUGGUGCUCUAGGCAUGGGCUCCCACCACCACAGGCACUGUUCACACUGCCAUACAUGCAGGGAACAAGGGCACAGUCACAUGUUCGGGCCCAUAAGUCACAUGAUCCCUGGGCACUGGCAGUCAUGGAUCAGUGCACAGAUACAGACACCAGAGGAAACAGAGCGGGUCGCAAAGGGAGUCCUUGGUUUUGAAGAGCUGAAGAAGUACAUGAGACAGGGGAAUGAAUUCUGUAAGGAGGUGGCCCUUCUUAUACAUGAAAGGGCAGAUCUGGAGACCAAGUAUCACAAGGGACUGAGUAUCAUAGCAGCCAAGCUCUCCAAGGUGGCACAAACCAGCAUAGGAACCCUGGGUGAGGGAUGGAAAGCUGUUGCUGCAAGUAUAGACACAGAGGCUGAUCUCCACAGGAACCUUGCUACAGCGAUGCUGGAAGAGAUUGCUAAACCUCUGAAACACCUGGUAGCAGGACAGAAAGAGGCCAGACGACCAAUUGAAGAACAUGUUGAGAAGUCAUUGAAGAGCUUGACGGAGAAACGAAAUGAUGAAAUCAAGGCAAAGAAAUCCGCAUAUGACACAGCCAAAUCCCAUGAAAAAGUAGAAGAACCGAAGAAUAUUAAAACAGACAAAGAUGCAAAUAAAACAGAGAAGAAGCAGAAGCAGGUGUUGGAUCGACUGAGGAAGGCAGAUAAGGCAUACUGUGAAUGCUGUGAGAAGGCAGAGGUUGCAAGGCAGGAGUGGGAGUUCACGGUGAAUAAGGCCAAUGUGCAAUUACAAACACUUGAUGAGGAGCGAAUAUCCAAAAUGAAUGACUUCCUCAACCUGUAUAACAGCCACCUGUCUGUACUGGGCCCCAGACUCUCACAGUGUUGUGACACACUACUCAAGUCAGUACAGCAGGUGGAUGUGUCCGGUGACAUCAGUCUGGUUGCUAAGACAAAGGGCUCACAGACUGCCACUCCUGAACAAAUGCUCAUCGACUGCUAUGCAGAGGACUCUCAGUUUACAAUGAAGAAGGAGCGGCGAAAGAUGGCGUUACAGCACUACCUGUUACAUAUCAGACAGUCGAUAGAGCGUGAACAAAAGGGCAGAGAAGGUGUGGAGAAGUUAGUGGGGGUGUACAAAGAGAGACCAAACUUUGCAGACCAAGACGCCCAGGAAGAUACCAGGCAGAGAUUAACUCAGGUGAUAUUCAUGAUGAACUUCUUGGAGGCUAACCACUACAAGAUAGCCACCAGUCUGGCCAGUAUUGAUGGAGGCCACAAACCUGCGUUUAAGUUUUCCAAAUACAUAGAGCAGGCCCGAGACAAACAGGGCAUGCUGGUGAGUCUGUUAAAGCUGCCCCCCAACCUGGCCUCCGCAGGAGACUCUGGGUACGAUGCCACCAGUGUCACACUGAGCUCCCUAGCAACCGUCGGCAUGGAUGAUAAUAUCGAUGAUGAUGAGUUUGAUGACCCUCCCUCGCCUACUGGGAUGCUGGGGAGAUGCAGGGCCAUUUUCGACUAUCAGGCAGUUGAACAUGGGGACCUCGCCAUUCACACAGGUGACAUCAUCAACAUCACUGAGAAGCUUGGCAAUGGCUGGUGGCAGGGUGAGUGUAACGGCAGGUCAGGUGUCUUCCCGGAGAGUUACGUGCAGGAGCUGUGAGCGAGGGUGACGGCAAAAAGGGCACAGAGGUCGCGAGUAUAACUUCCACUUUUGUGUUCGAACAUUGGACUAGAACGGAUAACGUCCCGUGGAUUAUCCAGCUGAACAUUGUGAUAUUAGAUAUUUGUUAAUGUCUACUGUGCAAUUGCUGGUGAAACCAUUCCUUGACCCAAAAUAAAGUUGGGUAACAAUGAAACUUAUGUUAUUAAUAAAUUGUGGUAAUUUUUUAUGAAUUUAAUAGGAAAAGUUAGCGACUACCAAGCUAGUUUCAACAAAUAAUUAAAACAGUGAAAAAUCCUACAAACAAACAAACAGACAAUAGUUUUAUUAUGCUCCCCCAAUUUUUUUGGGGGGUAGCAUAUAGUUGCCGCUUCGUCUGUCCGUGUGUGUGUCCGUCCGUCCGUGCACAAUUCUUGUCCGGGCUAUUUCUCAGCAACUAAUGACCAGAAUUCAAUGAAACUUUAUGGGAAGCUUCAGUACCAAGAGGAGAUGUGCAUAUUAUCAGUGGGCUCUGGUCAGAUGAUAAUUUACAGAGUUAUGGCCCUUUGAAAUUUUCCAUUAACUGUACAUAUAGUGCAAUUCUUGUCCCCCCAACUACUAGACGUUUCCUUUUAUCUGAAUAUAUAGUGCAAUAUUGUGACAAAAAAACACUUUGGGGAGCAUCACCCGUCUCCGACGGUUUCUUGUUAUAGUUGUAGUUAGAUUAAAGCAGUCUUUAAAGGGAAGAGUUUUCUUGAUUUAAGUGUUAAGUCUUAGAAAAAGUUAUUGAAAACAUGCCCAGGGAGCUCUAUUUAAAGGAUUUUAAUAGAUUAUUUGGUUCAUACAACCCUUUAUGUAAAUAUUGAAUUCAGGUUACCUGAAGUGGAACUUUUAGAUCAAAUGUUAUAUCUGAAAGGAUUGGUAUAAGCAAAUACACAAUUAUAAAACCGCAAGGUAACCAUAAAUUCUAGCUUGUAAAAGAGAGAAAGAAUAUGAUAAAUGAAACUACCACAUACAUUUAAUAAAUGAUAUGAAUUAAGAAAUCCAUUUUAUUUUAAAUCAAUACAAACCUAAAAUAUUGUAAAGUUAUUUUCUUGUGAACUCCUGUUGACAGUUCAUGUUCUAAGUCUUAAUAAUUAAUUGUUUCCUCAGUUAUAUCAAAUAAAAUGGGAUCAAAAGAUAUAAGUAAAGCACUUAAAUAUCAAUCUUUUGCAGUACUUGUUCAAAUACAGAACAUAAUAGGAAAAGGGAGAUAUUAAAUAGUUCAAGGAAAAUACAUGGUGUUGUCUUAGAACACAUAAAAGCAUUGCUAAAAACUAAUAGAACAAGAGCUUAUGGGAAAUAUUUUCUUGUUUAUAAGGAUGUGGCCGCAUUGUAUCCAGUCCUUGUUUAUCAUGUAUAGCACUCCUAGAGUUGUGUCACUGAUAUUGUAGUUUAGAAUUCAAUGAUCAGAGUGUUUCAUGUGCUUGUGUUCUUUUGAUAAACUUGUUUUUUUUUUGUUUUCAAAUUGGUCUAACUGCCUCAGUGUAAACUUACUGCUAAACGUUGCUUAUGUUGUUUACCAUUUUUACCAUUAAAACAAUAACUUUCAUUUCAAUCCUAUGUGUUACCAUAUGUAUAAUCUCUGUGGUUAGUAUGCACCUGUCUAUGUUACGGGAAGCGGACAACGACAACGAGCAAGGCCUGGUAUAAGGGAGAUAACCCUGGGUUAUGGUUAGGUUAGGGUUAAGGUUAAGGCUAACCUCACCCAAACCCGACCCCUUACCCUAAACCUCUUACCUCCCCAUGCGCUUUACAAUACCAGGCCUCGCUCGUUGUCGUUGUCUGCUCCCCCUAUGGUACACCCUGCUGAGUGGUAGCUGGGGGCACAAGCAGAACUUUGGACUUACAGUGAGUCGACAGGGGUGUCAAUUUUCGUAUUAUUCUGGAUUUCAGCUGACAAGGGUAGAUUUUGAGAUCAAUGAAAAUCCGGUUUUUUUUGUUGUUUUUUUAGGGGGGGGGGAAAUUUGUUUAAAAGGGCUAUCAAUUGAGAACAAAAUUAAUUGUUAAAGCUUCAUUGUCUUUGCGCUUGAUACUGAUUUUGCCCGGUAUUUUAUUUAUUUCUUUCUGGCUAGCCAAUGGAACAGACAUGAACGAUAACUGACGGAAAAUCGUCACUUCUUUCCGAAACUCUUAAAAGUAAAACGUUUCACAUGUCCACCAUCAUGAAAUAGUCUAAGUGAUUGAUAAGAAAAGUAAAGCAGUUCAAAAGCAUAUUUUAAAGCAAUAUGUUAACCAAAUUAUGUAUUGAUUACAUAUUUGCUAGGUAAAUGGUUUUCAUUUUUUGGCAUUCAAAUGGUAAGCACAUUUUAUAUCAUGUGCAAAAUACACAGGUUUUGUGGAUUGUUGUUUUUGGAUACAGCAUUUUUGGCCGAUUUAAUUUAUUUUUUUGAUUCGUUAUAAACAAACCUAUAAUGAUGAAUACACAUGCGGUGAUGCAGAAGGUCUGAUUAAUUAUAUUUUAGAUAGUGUUCACCAGAAAUUGCAACUAGAAAAACUACAAAAUAGCACAAUUAGAGAGGGCUCGAGGGAGGCAUUGCCCUUUAUCUCCGUUGGGGACCUGCAAUCCCAGAGGCCCGGCUUAAUUUUCCAGAUUUUCAAUGGGGACAAUUGUCACCCCUGGUCGAUAUGGGGAAUGUUUGAAGGGGGAAACACUCUGGUUGGAUUUUUACAUCAGAAAUAUUGUCUGCUGCGCACUUUGAAACACACUCCUUUUGAUAUAGAUGUAAAUGCUAAAUGCUCAAGGGUUUAGAAUAGACCUUUAGGGUUGGGUAAUAGACCACCGCUCCCUACAAGCCCCGCCCCCACUUGCUGACUGGACUCAGGGGUUCAGAAUAGACCUUUAGGGUUGGGUAAUAGACCACCACUCCCUACAAGCCCCGCCCCCACUUGCUGACUGGACUCCGGGGUUCAGAAUAAACCUUUAGGGUUGGGUAAUAGACCACCACUCCCUGGAACUCAGGGGUUCAGAAUAGACCUUAAGGGUCGGGUAAUAGACCAUCAAUCCUUACAAGCCUCACCCCCACAUCAAAAUGGAAUAAAAUUCCUUAUUCCCCCCCCCCCAAAAAAAAAUAAUGUUUUAAUCAAUGUAUAAAGGGAUAAGAAUUAAAGAUAUCAAAAGAACUGGAUAGUUGUGUUACAUGGUCUGUGUGGGGAGAUAUCAGUAUCAUUUUUAGCUCGGCUGUUUUCGGAGUAAACUCGAGGCAUUGUCAUAGCCAGCUCGCCGUCCGCCGUAGGCGUCGUGCUAAAACCUUAACAUUGGCACUAAAAUCAAAGUGCUUCCACCUACAACUUUUAAACUUCAUAUGUAGAUGCACCUUGAUGAGUUCUACACGCCACACCCAUUUAUGGGUCACUAGGUCAAAGGUCAAGGUCACUGUGACCUCUAAGAAAAAAAGAAUUCUGACAAGCUUUCGCAGCCGAUCGUGGCACCCGUCAUACGGUGCUCUUGUAUUUAUAAUGUCAUGCAUUUAGUAGAGUAGAAAUUUAUGUACCUGGUUAUUGUUCAUGUUUUUUAUAUCAUGUGCAAUAUAUAUACCUCUAUGAAAUUACCAUUUGUUCUGUAGAUGCAGUUUUUUUUUGGUGAACAUUGUGUUUAUUAAGGUUAACGUUUUCAUUCUGCUUCCAUUGUAUAAACAGAUCUGCAGCAUGUUAUUACAGGUUGUGCAUUUUACAUUGUGACAACAAAUUAAUUUUUCUAUGAAAUUUGAAGAUACAUUGUAAAAAGUUUCACAUAAAGGUCAGGUUAUUUUUACUAAAAUAAAAAUAAAUGAGGCUUAUCAAGGACAACACUUUCCACUUUUUAUGGUAUUUUUUGUAUUAAAGAAGUCUCUGAGCAAAAAUUCAGUUUUGGCAGAAAGUUUUGUCCCUGAUUAGCCUAUACAUUCCUCACUUUACACAGAUGCAUUAAACCCCAUUUUCACAGAACGAGUCUAAAUUAUUUUGCCCAAUAGCACAAUUUGUAUGCAUUAUUGCCUUUGUAUUGAUGAUCAGGUCUGAAUGGCUGUUUCCACUUCAUCCGAUAGUUGAUGUUUAGAGAUGAUAAAGGGAAGUUUAAAUAGACCAAGGGCUUUACCUGAGCACGCUUAUUAACAAAUAUAAUCAUGUUAAAUUUUCAGGACUUAUGCAUUUUAAACAUAUUUAUGUUGUGUUUCUCACGUACUGUAGAUAUUAUUGUUAAUGGGAUAUUUUAUAUGAUUGUUAUAUAUAUAAUUUACAAUGGUUUAGGCUUGUGUUACUGCUUUGUACAACACACUUACUGAAUUUUGGCAUUCAUUGUUUUUUUUACUGCCCAUGUUGAGGUAAAGUCUUAUGUCUGAGUUAAUAUCAUAUGAGACAAGGGGCCAAGUUGUUAUAACAUUGUGUAUUACUCUAUUAUAACUAACAGGAAGUUAGAUAUUAGCCCCUUUUCCAAUAUUUAUAUGGUUAUUGAUACAAUUUUGUUUAAAUAAUCCCCUUUUAAUUUGUUAAAAUAUCCCACAAACAUUGGUCCCUUCAAAAGCGUUGAUGUAUGCAUUGUAGUCAUGCACAACAUUAUCUGAUUACAUGGUUAACUGUAGGGACCUGUCUCGUCAAAGAUCUUGCAGCACAAUUUAAGUUACAACUUUCUAGUUCAAAACAAAGACCAUAAUGAUCAAUUUGUUCAUACACACAAAACAAACAUGGAUUUAAUUUGAAUUCCUGAAAUGCUUUCAGACAGAAGUUGUCUCUAGUGUCGUGGAAUCCAUCAAUAUAGUCAAUGCAUAUCAAUUGCACUUCUUAAAUUUGUAUGCCCCCGGAUCGCGGGCAUAUUGUUUUUGGCCUCUGUCAUUCUGUCCGAAAACUUAAACCUUGGUUAAAGUUUUGCGAUAACUUUUGCAAUAUUGAAGAGAGCAACUUGAUAUUUGCAUGCAUGUGUAUCUCAUCAUGAAGCUGCACAUAUUGAGUGGUGAAAGGUAAAGGUCAUCCUUCAAGGUCAAAAGUAAAAAAAAUACAAUCCAAGGGAAGUAAUAAGCUUUAAAAGGGAGAUAAUUUCUAAACCUGCCAAAUGAUAUAUUGAAAUUUUAUUUCAAAGUGGCGCAAUAGGGGGCAUUGUGUUUCUGACAAACACAUCUCUUGUAUAUUAUAAAUUAAAUAUGUCAUACAAAAUUAAUAUGACUGGUCCGAUUUCUUUUUGUAUGUCAUGGGCAGUAUAUUGUAGGGGUUGCUCUCCUUCUACUACAAAUUAAUGUCAACCAAUUUCUGCUGAAAAGGGAUACUUGAAGUUGUUAACAGUAGAUUUUGUUUUAUAUGUAUCAUUGUAUAUAGAUUCUGUCAGAUUUUUCUUUACUUUGGUAGAUUUGAUCUGAUUAGGGUAGAGUUGUCUAGGUUAGCUUGUAGAAUGGUUGACAACUCAAAAUUUGCAUAAUAAGCACAAAUCCUGGUCCAGAUAAAUGUAAACAAAUGAACUGAAUAGAGUAACUUUACCCUUUCCCACUUGGAAGCAAAGUGAAAAUGGCUAUGUGCAAACAGCAUAAAACCAGAACAGGCUGCGAGUAACUCACAGUCUGUUCAGGUUUUAUGAUGUUUGCUGCUCAUGAGUAUCUAAGGUUUUGAGAUGAAAAAAUUAAUUGAUUAAAUGUAGCUUUCUAAGGGACUAAAAAUGUGUGAAAAUACAUGUCUAAGUGGUAAAGGAUUAACAGGUGGAACAUUGACUGCUGAACUCUGUGGUUUGUAUCUGUAUAGUAUAUAUUUGCAUAGGCUUCAAGGCUUUAACUGGGCACUAUUUCUUCAUCUCAUGUUCCAUACAGUAAUAAAAACAUUAUUUUACAUGACGAUCAAAUGUGUUUUUUAUUUCAAAAUUAAUUACUAGUGUUAGGUCCAUACACAAAUUAUUUUACUAUGAAUGACAACUUGUACAAGAAUAUUUAAAAUGUUACAGUUUUUUAAUAUUAUUGAUAAAUAUUGUAGCAAUAAAUAUGCUAUAUAUAAUGCUUUUUAAAAGUUUGCAGCUCUUCAUAUUCAUAAAUUAGUAGUAUAUUAUAUUUAUGCCCCCCUUCGAAGAAGAGGGGGUAUAUUGUUUUGCACAUGUCUGUCGGUCGGUCCGUCUGUCGGUCCAUUCACCAGAUGGUUUCCGGAUGAUUACUCAAGAACGCUUAGGCCUAGGAUCAUGAAACUUCAUAGGUACAAUGAUCAUGACUGGCAGAUGACCACUAUUGAUUUUCAGGUCACUAGGUCAAAGGUCAAGGUCACAGUGACUCGAAAUAUUAAAAUGGUAUCCGGAUUAUAACUCAUUAAUGCUUAGGCCUAAAAUCAUGAAACUUCAUAGGUACAUUGAUCAUGACUGGCAGAUGACCCCUAUUGAUUUUCAGGUCACUAGGUCAAAGGUCAAGGUCACUGACUCAAAAUAGUUAAAUGGUUUCUGGAUGAUAACUCAAGAAUGCUUACGCGUAAGAUCAUGAAACUUCAUAGGUACAUUGAUCAUGACUGGCAAAUGACCCCUAUUUAUUUUCAGGUCACUAGGUCAAUGGUCAAGGUCACCGUUACUCAAAACAGUAAAAUGGUUUCCAGAUGAUAACUCAAGAAUGCUUAUGCCUAGGAUCAUGAAACUCAUUGGUACAUUGAUCAUGACUGGCAGAUUACCCCUAUUGAUUUUCAGGUCACUAGGUCAAAGGUCAAGGUCACACUGACAAAAAACGUAUUCACUCAAUGGCUGCCACUACAACUGACAGCCCAUAUGGGGGCAUGCAUGUUUUACAAACAGCACUUGUUUGUUUUAUAAAUAGUGCAAAUCAAAUUUAAAAAAUCUUAAACUUAUUUCUAUAAGUAAAUAUAUAAAGACUUUAUAAACUUAUAAACUUCUUACAGUAUUACUCAGGAUUUGCUCAGCUUUGUUAAAUGAUGGAUUAAGUAUUUAUUCUUGUAUUGUAUUGCUGAUAUAAAUAACCAAACCGUUCAGACUGUCCCAAAAUCAACCACAAAAAGACAUUCUUAAGAGUAAAUUUAGUGUUCUUUUUCAGUACGAGUUUUUGGAAGUUGAACUAUGCAUCAUGAUUAGGAUUACGUUAGAACAUUUGUCUUCAUAAAUCACAUUAUACUAGAAAGAUGGACAUGCUUACAUGCUGCAAGGUUGCUAGUAAGGUUGAUAUUAUAUAAUUAUUUAAUCUCAUAAAGCCUUUCAAUGCUGCCUAUAAUUCUACUUCAUAAUUAUAUUGUAAUUUUAUAUUUGUAUAUUUCAUUUUUACCAUGUGAAUAAGGACAUGAUUUAUUCUUCUUUGUUGUAUAUUAUAAUUAUUCUGUCACUUAAUAUAUUUUCAUGCUGAACCAUUUAAGAACACUCAAUUAUUUGAUGUCAUUUGUGCCUGUGAUUAUAAUGUAUAAACAUGUGGAAAUAAUAAAAUAUUUCUAUAAUAAUGGUACAAAAUUUAUUGAAAAAUGAAUCUAUUGUAUGUUGAUAUGUUCAUGAUCUGUGUAACUAUUAUUUUAUUAUAUUAUUGAAAAAAUGUGUGUUUUGUUUAUUGG